CGCGCGAAGCCACUCCCACGCGGCGCCAGGCGGGCGAAGUUCGCGACCGCGACUCGAUCGGAACUCGUCCGCGGUCUGUCACGCUCGGCGGCACACGACGAUCGGCCGCGCGCGUCUCCCCGCGCGUCUCGACAGCCGCGCGCCACGAAGGCGACGCACACGCAGCGGCUGGACUUUUAGGUUUAGUCUUAGCGAGAUCUGGCGAGAACGAUGAGCGCGGCGACUCGACACGCGGCGAGGAGGCUCGCCGAGAGCCUGUCGCGCCGGCUCUCGCUCGCGCGCGCGGCGACGUCCUCCGGCGCCGCCGAUCGCGCGAUUCACGAGGCGCCCCGGCGCAGGAACGGCCCCGCCGACCCGCGUCGACGAGAGGCUGAGCCCGCGCCUCUCCCAUCCCCGUCGCCUUCGCCGGACGUGGUGAACCGCGCGAACCGCCGCGGGGCUGGAGCGAGCGGUCUGACCGUGGGCGAGCUCCGCGCGCAGCUCGCGCAGAGGCACGGGGGAUGGGGCGGCGACGAGGACGACGAGGACUGGUACGGCGAUCACCCGCUCGACGCGGUCAUGGAGAGGCUGGCCAAGGAGACCAUGGGACCCGAUGCGAAAACCGUGCGCAUCGGCGACGGCGUCACCGUGGUCAUGCCCGGGCAGAUCAUGAACGUCAUCGACGGGUUCGGCGACGGACACGGGAUCCAGGCGGCGUCGGUGAAGCUCAAGCGGAAGAGGAAGAUGGCCAAGCACAAGCACCGCAAGCGCAGGAAGCGCGACCGCAACAAAAACUGAGAGACUCAAAUAGGAAUUAGCACCGUCUGUUACACUGAUGAAAGUAUUUCGCUUUUCU